GUAAAGUAAAAGUAACGCCAGUGGCUAGCGGCCACGCAUUCUCAUUCUCCCUCAUUCUGGAUUUGUACUCUGCAGUUUGCGGACUACUGUGUAAUUUUUAUUGAAAUUUAAUUACCCGAUAAGUAUAUAAUCUAUUAAAAAUGGCCAUCCACAUUAAAGACUCUGAUGAUUUGAAGAAAAGGCUCGCUGACGCAGACAGCAAACUCGUCGUUAUUGAUUUCUACGCAACUUGGUGCGGCCCCUGCAAAAUAAUUGGACCCAAGAUUGAGGAACUUGCUGGAGAACACACGGAAGUUGUCUUCGUCAAGGUUGACGUAGAUGAAUGCGAAGAUAUCGCUACCGAAUACAAUAUUAACAGUAUGCCGACAUUCGUGUUCAUCAAGAACGGUAAAGUUCUUGAUGACUUCAGUGGCGCUAAUGUUGAUAAGCUAGUAAGUUCUGUUCUUAAACAUAAGUAAAUAAUAAACAAAAAACAGAUAUACGUAAACUUGAAUAAAUUGCCUUAAAUUGUUGAAAAAAAAAUUGCAAAUUGAAUUAUUAACUAGCCUAAAUUAAUGCUUUUUUUUUUUUUAAUUAUUUGUACAUUGUCACUCUUUUAUUUUGCAAUUACAGUGUAGUAAGCAUUUAUUUUCUUCAAAAUGUCUUGUUCUGAGAAUUAAUAAAAACAAUAUUUAAAUUAAAA